GCACCUUCCUUCCCACCGCAGAGCCAUGGGGGUGCUGAUGUCCAGGAGGCAGACGGUGGAGAGGGUGCAGAAGGUCAGCUUGGCCGUGUCAGCCUUCAAGGAUGGGCUGCGGGAGCAGCCAUCGACACGGCGUCGGGCGGAGGCGGGGACCGCACGCCAGGGGACGCUGGAGCAGGAGGUGCAGGAGGGAGACGAGGAGGCGUUGGCAGGACCUUCCCAGCCGGAGGAGAGCAGUGCCAGCAAGGCAGCCUGGGAGCGGCUGAGGGAUGGCCGGGGCGUGGAGCCAGAGGAGUUUGACCGGGCCAACAGGUUCACGCCACCAGCCUUCAUCCGGCCCAAGAGGGAGCUCCACGAUGAUGAGCCCCCGGACAUCAGCCUGGAGCAGAGGGAGCAGAUAGUGAAUGACGAGAUGUGUGAGAUCUGCGAGGUGUGGACAGCCGAGAGCCUCUUCCCCUGCCGCAUCUGCCACCGGGUGUAUCACGACGGCUGCCUGCGCCGCAUGGGUUACCUGCAGAAGGACAGCGCCGUGGAGGUGACAGAGACGGCGCACACUGAGACGGGCUGGAGCUGCUACUACUGCGACAACCUCAAUCUGUUGCUGACAGAGGAAGAGAUGUACAGCCUGAUGGAGACCCUGAAGAACUGCAAGAUCAUUCCAGAGAGCUGCCUGACCCUAGAUGACUUCCUGCACUACAAACACCAAGUGCACAAGCAGCAGUUCGAGAAGACCAUGCCUGAGGCAAAGGAGGAGCAGGCAGCCCUGCAGUUCAACGCCUUGGACCCCGACAAGAAGGGGCACAUUGAGUGGCAGGACUUCCUCUCCCACGAGUCCAUCCAGCUGCUGCAGAAGAUACGGCCACAGAAUGCCCUUCUGCGGCUGCUGACACCCAAGGAGCGAGAGCGGGCACGGGCAGCUUUCCUGGCCCUGGACCAGGACAACGAUGGCUUCAUCGGGGAGGGUGAGUGCCGCCAGGCCCGGCACACCUGGUUCCGCAAGCACCAAAAGGAGAUGCUGUCCUGCAAUGUCAGCAUCAGCCAUGUGGGGCCCAUAUCAGAGGGCAGCCCUGCUAGCAGCAGGAAUGGCAAGAGCCCGGAGAAGAUCCUGCCAGCCACAAAGCAGGAGGAGACCAGGAGCAUCGACUGGCCCGGAUUCCUGCGGGAGAACGUCGCCUACAUCCUGGCCGCGCGCCCCAACAGCGCAGCCCUGCACCUGCAGCCUCUCGCCUAG